AUGUAUGUUGACCAUGGUAACGACGAGUUUAUUGAAGUAAAACAUCUUCGAUUCGCCUUCAAUCAACCGUUAAUGCAACUUGUUGGGACUGGUAGGUAUUUACGGUCGAUUUAUUGAUAUCGUACGGGUCUUUUUUGUUUUAUUUUAGGUUAUUUUAGGUAACAAAAGCUUAAAAAAGGAAAGUUUCUGAUCAAUAUCUUUAAUAUUUUUUGCUUUUACACUAUAUAAAUAGUGGUUUUGUAACUUUCAAAUGUUCAGAUAGUUGCCAAGAUGACCCAAAUUCAAAAUGCCCAACCACUGACAUCCGACGAAUGUGUGAGGUAAGCUCGUAUCGCCGUUUGAUGGAAAGAAAGUGCCGGAAGACUUGUGGAUUCUGUAAAUCAGAAGAUGCUUGUGGCGAAGACAAGACUACUGACUGUGCCAAAGCAGGUGUACCACAAUUGUGUGCGUCUAAGGCUUACCGACGCCUAAUGAGCCAAUAUUGCCCAAAAACUUGUGGAGCUUGUGCUACAACUCCUGAAGCGGAGCAAACUACACCAUCCACUCCUAGCCUUCCUGAUACUACUCCUAGCACUGCUGUGACGACUCCUAGUACUCCGGAAACUAGUCCUAGUACAGAAUCAACCCUUACUUUGGAUAUUAUAUCAACCACGACUGCGGAUAGUACGGCUACAACUCCGACUACUCCAACUUCUGCAACUACUCCAUCUACACCUUCAACUCCAGAGACAACAAGCACAACGCCUUCUACCACAACCACUGAUGAAUGUCCACCUGAUGACGGUUAA